AUGGAGGCGGGCAACAGGCUCAAGACGGCGUUUUCUCAGGGCAAGCAGUCCAUGGGCAUGUGGCAGAUGAUCCCGGGAGCAAAUGUGUCGAGAUUGCUGGCGAGAUCUGGCGUAGAUUGGGUGAUGGUCGACUGUGAGCAUGGCAAUAUAGAUGAUGGUGCCAUGCAUGAUGCGGUGCCAGCAAUUGCGGCAUUGGGUGUAACACCGCUUGUGAGAUUGCCGGAUGUGCAAUCUUGGAUGGUUAAGCGUGCAUUGGACGCUGGCGCUCAUGGUAUUCUCGUCCCGCUACUUCGCUCCGCAGACCAAGCCAGAGAGCUCGUGCAAGCUGCCAAAUUCCCACCAUGGGGCAAGCGAGGAUUUGGGUCUCCCAUCGCACCGGAACGCUUCAACCCCGUGCCUUCAUUUACAGAGUAUCUGCAGCAGGCAAACGAUGCUCUCUUGACAAUGGUGCAGAUUGAAACACAAGAGGCGUUGAACGAAGUAGAAGAAAUUGCUGCCGUAAAGGGCAUUGACGUCCUCUUCAUUGGGCCAUUUGAUCUUGGUAACAACAUCGGUCACCCCAUUCUAGACGGCGUCAUGGCCCCCGAGCUAAAGGAAGCUAUUGCCAGAAUCCUCGCGGCUUGUCGCAACGCCGGCAAGAAGUGCGGCAUGUACGCUACGAGUGGCGAGCAAGCCAAGCUCUUUGCUGACCAGGGGUUCGACAUGAUUAGCGUGUCUGCCGACUAUACUGCGUUGGAGUACGUUUUGAAGCAGCAAUUCAGUGCUUCUCAGGGCGGUCCUACACCAGAGAAGAAGGGAUCGUAUUAG